CUUUACCUCCAGCUUCCACUCCAAAAAUAUAUCCAUCCAUUGUCAACUCAAUUCAUCUUAUCAUGGCUUCUAAUUCCAACACUAGUCCUCCUGAGACAAAGAAAUACAAGGGCGUACGACGGCGUAAGUGGGGGAAGUGGGUGUCAGAGAUUCGAGUUCCGGGCACACAAGAGCGCAUGUGGCUUGGUUCUUACUCGUCGCCGGAGGCUGCCGCCGUGGCUCACGACGUGGCAUAUUAUUGCCUGAGAAGACCCUCAAACCUCAACCACCUCAACUUCCCGCCCAUGGUGCUGCCCUUGACCAAUCACCUCCUUAUCCGAGACGACAUGUCGCCUGGCUCCAUUCAGAAGGCAGCCUCCGACGCUGCCAUGGCCGUCGAUGCGCAGUAUAUAUGUAACAGCUCGCCUGAUCGGGGCAGCAGCGGCGGGACAGGGGCAUUUCACGGAUCAGGAUACGAGAGCUAUACUGCGAUGCAUGAUGAAGAUCGAGAUCCAGAUAUUUCCAUCGAAGAUUAUCUGUGAGUGUCAAUUUGAUCAUUGGUGAUUAACGGCGGGGAUCUUAUGAUAGUUUUAUCGAAUAGUGAUCAAUUUUUCAUUAAGACUUCCGUCGGGGCCGGGCAGGAUCUCCACCUUUCCAUGAUUUAAAGUGGACUCGAUAAAUUUUAUCAAAAAUAUAAAUUAAAUUAAUAUAUCGGAAAUUGUGGUCGUACCCUAAGAAAUAAGAACAUGAAUGGUUGUGCUAUAAAAGCUAGAAACAAAGAUCCUGAAUUUA